AAUUGUCAAAGGUGCGAGUGUGGAACUUGUCAGCCAAUGCCGACAACACAUGAAAGUGUUUGUUGUGCGGAAAUCGGGCAAGUGUGGCAAAAGGUGGAGGAACAAAGGCCUGAAACCCAAAUGACUUGUAUUACUGAGUAUCCAGGUUUUCAGUCAACCUGCCUCGAUGUCUGGGUGCUGGAGACGGCCUAUUACGCGUACAGGCAGCAAUACGGUGCAGAUAAUCACACCCAAAACGAGAUAUUUCGCUACAUUGCCUACAGACAGCUGGCUCGGUGGUGCUGGGAUUAUCUCGGCAAAAUUGUCAGGGUCGCUGUGCCAUCUAGUGCGGUAAAUAAAAUCCGAAGCACUUUUCCAGCUGAUUUUGGAACUUCUUACACUGGAUUAAAAUCGCCAAACCUUUGACAGAAACAAAGGUAGAUGUAAAUGCGGAUCAUAAUUAUUAAUGUCGAACACCACUAGCAGUUGUGCCUGUUCCAUAGGAAAUAUUUAUAUAGUGCUUUCCUUCAUCUCCGAACUAUUAUUAUUGAUAAACAAGUUGUAAUGUAAAGUUUUGCGAGUGUGGCCUGUAUAUAUAUAAUUAUCGAACCUUUUUGUGUUUCCUUCGAUUGGAAAUAUAGAGAAAUAGUUUCGCAAGCUAAACUCUGGAUCUUUUAAUUUUUAUUCAAAGUAAAAAAAUGUUUUUCUAAUGACCUUUGAUUACAAAUUCACCGCUGUGUAAGCUGUGACACAAAUUCUCCAACUGCUACUUCUUUGCAGGGUUUCUCAAAGAAAGCAGCAAGCGGAGCUGGCAAAGAUUCUCUCGAAGAUUUCUUUUGACAGAUUUUUGUCUCUCCCACACUCGCCGUAGAUGUUCGUGAAAUAUUUAACCAACUAAAUUCCAGAUCGCAUUUUAUACCGACAUCAACGAAUUUUUUAUUGAUAUGUGUUUCGGUUUCCAGCAAAGGUUCAAACAGGUUAGUGUCUUUUUUGGGCGCAUCACUGGCUUCCGAACAACUGGUUUCCCCAUAAUCUUUUAACAGCUGAGAAACAAAGGUGUUUUAAGAGAACCUAAAAUCUGGAGGUUUCCGCGUAAAUCAGUUCGGUACUUCCCCUGUUAACUUCCAACUUUUGAAGAGCUCUACUUCUCCUCGGUGGUUUCUCAGUACGGUCAGUGUUACGGUAACUGAUUACCGGCAGAAAGAUAAUAACCUCGCUAUUUCCACGAAACACAAGUUAUUGAACUGUAAACAACGGGAGGUAACUUAACACGAGCUAGCGACCACUCUUGGAACAAUCCAACUAAAAUUAACUAUGUACUUAUCUACGCUUAUCUGACCACAAGCAAAGUACUGUCCUUCUCUUUGGCGAAAUCUCCUGAAGACUUCCUUCGACGUAUCGCACUCCACGUUAAACAGCUCUGGACUUGACAGCAGAAUAUCAGUAUCACAUCCGAACGGGAAAAUCCCUUCACUUGUCACUUGUCACACAAUAUCGCUUGUAGAUCACAAACAGGGAACGAAGUCCCAAAUCACAACAACAACCUGUUUAGCGAGCUUUAUGUUACCCCAUUUUCACUACUGUUCAAUGAUAUGGCACUUUUGUAACUCAGAGGACUCUGUUAAACUGGACACCUUAAAUAGACGUAUUUUAAGAUUUGUUUUAAAAGACUGGGACUCGAACUACGAUGAUCUUUUAGACAAGGCAGGUGUGUGUAGUUUAGCCAACAGGAGGAUACAAAAUAUGAUGAUUUGUAUAUUCAACUGUCUCCAUCUUGGUAAAUAUCCGUGCUAUCUGAAACAACUAAUCAAGCUAAGAUCUUCUGCUUACUCCCUAAGGGGCACGAAUAUUUUAUCACUUCCUAAGCCGUUUACAACCACAUAUGGUCUAAAUUCUUUGAGCUAUUCAUCUGUUAAGUAUUGGAACUCCCUCCCUGACCACUUUAGGAAAACUGUAGACUAUAGCGAAUUUAAGAGCAAACUGUCAGCGCACAAUUUCUGUUAAUAUUACAUUUAUAUCACAUAU